AUGGAACUCUCCGAUAUCUUCCGCAUUGUUAACCUGGCCGUGGCCGGUAUCACAGUUUUGGGAGGCGUUUUCCACAUCUUCCCCGUUGGUUUCCAGAACCUUAUCCUCGGCAUCUACAUGAUUGUCUUUGGUCUUGCUAUUGCCCUGCUAGAGUUCCAAAUCCCCCCUCAGGUUUCGAGAUACGCCAACUUCCUCUUCUCCUUCAUCGGCCGUGGUAUCUUCUAUAUCCUUAUUGGAGGCCUUCUCCUCGGCGGCCGUCUUAUUAGCAACAUUGCCGGUGGCGCUGUUGGCAUCAUCGGUCUCAGCUACGUCGCCCUUGAGUUCAUCCCCUCGAUCGAACCUCCGAGCAACAUGCGAGAGGCUGAAGUCGGCUGGGGCGCUGAGCAGGUCUAA